CUCAGCUUCGAAACUGUCAAGAUGACGACUCCUCAGGCUGUUGCGACGGAAUUCGUCCAGUUCUACUAUAGCGAGUUUGACAAGGGAAGGGAAGCGCGCGCCGCAUGGUCGAACCUGGUCUACACUGAUCAAUCCGUCCUGACCUUCGAAUCGACCGAGCACCGAGGCAAGACCGCCAUCGCAGAGAAGCUAUCGGGUCUGCCUUUCGAGGUUGUCAAGCACCAGGUCUCAACACUUGAUGUUCAGACUACGGUUCACGAUGGUAUCAUCAUCUUGGUCACCGGCCAGCUGCUGGUGGACGAAGAGCAGCGGCCGAUGAACUUCAGCCAGGUAUUCCAGCUUCUCAAGGCUGAGGAUAGGUGGUAUGCACUUAACGACAUCUUCAAGCUGGUCCUGGGUUGA